UAGCAGCACUUUUUAUUAGUGUCAAAUAUCGAACGAAACGAAGCUGUUUGUAUUUGUUCCAAGUUAUCGUAAAACGAUAUCAGUUUUUGACGCCGUAUUGUCUUGAAUUUAUUCUUAUUUUCGCAUUCCAGAUAGGUUAUUUCGUUCAUAGUUUCAAGAUUCUCUAAUACAGACAAUACAAUAAAACAAUGUCUUCAUAUAAGCCGAUCGAUUCCAAAAGAGAGGAGUUUCGACGCUAUUUGGAAAGAGCUGGAGUAAUGGACGCAUUAACUAAAGUGCUUGUUAGCUUGUAUGAGGAGCCAGACAAACCCGAAGAUGCUUUGGAGUAUGUUCGCAAGCACUUGGGUACUGACGGGGGCGAUGAUGAGCUUGAAGCAGCAAGGGCACGUAUUGCAGAAUUAGAAGCUGAAAAUGCUCUGCUGAAAGGUGAUGCAGCCCCAACGGAAGGAUAAAAAUGAUUUAUUUAUUCAUAGUUAUAUUAAUAAUGAUACAUGUUCAAUUAAUAAAUGAUGAUCUCAAUACAUAAUAAAUGAUCUCGGAUAGACUAUCCUUGUUGAAUCUGAAGAAAAAUAUAACAUUGUGUUAUAAAUACUUUGAGAGUAUUAUUUUUGUUAUGAUUUAAGUAUAUUUGUGUUAGAAGUGCAAGAAGCAACAUUAAAUUUUCGUUUCAUUACA